ACUUAUUUCUUAGUUUUUUUAUAUUUUUCUGUGUCGUCGUCUUCGGAAACUUUGAAGCGACAGAAAAGAAACUGGAUCAUUGACUCCUUCACCAUCGACGAAGGCUACAGCGGAGUCUUCCCCUACGUGCUGGACACUGUGAGUAUAGAACCGGAGAAACUCACUUUUUUCAAGAUAUUCGGCCAAGGCGUUGAUCGUGACCCCAAAGGCUUGUUAGCAAUCGACAGGGUCACGGGCCAGAUCACGGUGCACCGGGCCAUCGACUAUGAGGAGUACCAAAUUCUAAAGCUGGACUUCCAGGCAUUGGACCAAGAAAGCGACGUGGUCGACACCCAGCUGGGCAUUGAGAUAUUGAUUAUCGACGCCAACGACAACGCUCCACUGUUUGAACGUGACGUUUACCAUUUCCACCUGAUGGAGGCAACAUUACAAGGCAUCGAAGAGAUUAAGAUUAUGGCAACGGAUAAAGACAGAAGCAAGAAGUUUAAUACAUUUGAUUUACGAAUAGUCUCGGUCCAUCCCAAGCCUUUUGAUCUGGAGUUCUUCUUAAUCCAGCACGUUCAAAUUGGAACCAUUUCCUUUAAAGGGUGUCUGGACCACGAGAAAGCAGAUAAAUACACCAUUAUAGUGGAGGCCAAAGACCAUGGAGAGGGGAAGCAGCUGUCCAGCUCCUGCACUGUCAUAGUCCACAUAGAAGAUGGAAAUAACCAUAUCCCUGUGAUCACGGGACAAACAGGGUCAGGGAGAGUGAAAGAAGGAGAGGAAAAUGUUCUCGUUAAUCGUCUGCAAGUGAAGGACAACGACAGCAGAGGUACGGCGGCCUGGAGGGCCCAGUAUCAGAUUCAAGGAGACACGUACUUCAGAAUCACAACCGACCGUGAGACCAACGAAGGACUGCUGUAUGUGACGAAGCCUCUGGAUUACGAGGACGGUUCCACGAAGAACGUGACCAUCAGCGUCCUGAACGAGAUCCCCUACCAACUGUGUCAGGUGGAGCACCGCAGCGCCACUGGCCUCUGGGACGUGACCAUCGGAGGCCGUGAGACAGUCGCCGUGCGCCGCCACCAGGUGACGGUGACCGUGGAGGACGUCAACGAGCCGCCGUUCUUUGACCCGCCGAAAAAACGGGUCACGCAGAGCGAGAACGUGGAGGUCGGAAAGUACCUGGCGACAUUUACAGCUAAAGACCCCGACGUCGCCAUGGCCAACACACUUGUUUACAUAAAGGGAGACGAUCCGGCCAAUUGGGUUGCGGUGGACCGCGAGACCGGAAAAAUAACCACCGCCAAGCUCAUUGAUCGAGAGUCGACCUUUGUGAAAGACAACGUCUACCCGGUCACAGUGUGGGCUGUCGACGAUGGUCAGCCUCCAAUGACCGGCACCGCCACCCUGGAGAUCCACAUCACGGACGAGAACGACCACGUCCCGUCCCUGAGCCGGAGCGCCGUAGACGUGUGCCAGUCGGACGGCGUCUCGCUGGCCAACAUCACGGUCGAGGACUUUGACGAAGAGCCCUACGGCGGCCCGUUCGUCUUCAGGCUCCCGGACCAAGAGAAGGGCAAGUGGAAGCUUGACCCCGCGCAAGGGUUUUCCGUCAACCUGGUGAAGGAGCCCGCGGUUCACUCGGGACAGUACGAGCUGCUGCUGGAGGUGAUGGACCUCCAGGGAACGAAGGUCACGCACAACCUGCUGGUCACCGUGUGUCGCUGCGAAGACGCCGCGAGGCCGAACUGCGGCGUCCGCCGAGUCGCCGGCGCCGCGGUCGGAGGCAGAGCCCUCGGGGUGGUUCUGGUCGGCAUGCUGCUGCUGGCGGGUGUUCUACUUUUGGCUUUUCUGGUGUCGUGUAAGAAAAGGAUCAAAGAGGUCACAGACGAUGACACACACCAACAGCUGAUGCAGAGUAACAUUGAGCAACCGGGAACUGACUGCCAAACUUUGAACAGACGCAGUACAUAUUCAUCAAAUCAAGAGAUCGCGACGCACGAGACGAUGCUGCUCAACGCGCUGAACAAGCACGAGGCGGCGGGAGAGGAGCUGGGUGAUUACGCUCCUCGCGUGUACGCCGAGGAGGGAGUCGAGGGGAGCGACUUUGAGCUCGACGCCAUCUCCAUCCCGACCGUUCCCUUCGACCCGGAAGUGGACGCGUACCUGGCUCCCAAGUUCUAUACUCUGACCUCCAUCUGCAUGCCUGGCGGGCAGGGAAUACCCUCCCCGAUAACGUACGAGGGGACUGGGGGAGGUUCCCGGGAGGAGAACAUCUUGCUGGAGGCCGAGAAUGCGGAGACCACAGGGAAUAUAUUCACGUCUCCCACAGAGUCCUUAAGGAGAGGAACACACCAGCUGGGCGAUCUCUAA